AUGCCAGGAGUGGCUACUACAACUGUAACCGAUCUGAACCCGGAAUGUCUUCUGCAUUUGUUUUCCUUCCUGGAUAAGGACAGUAAGAAAUGCCUUUCACAAACCUGUCACAAGCUGAUGGACAUUUUCCAGGAGCCUUCACUAUGGAAACUGCUACAUUUCAGCUCCCCAUCUGAACUGACCAAGAAGAAUUUUGUUUUGGGUCCAGCUCUGAAAUCGCUGUCUAUUUGCUGGUAUUCUAGCAGGGUAAAAAUCUGCAACAUUGAAGACUGGGUGAAAACCACACUCCAAAAGUCCAUGUGCAGCCACCAUCUUAAUACAGUCAGCGACUUCUUGCUCCAAGUCUCCAAGAGGUGCCCAAAUCUUCGGAUGCUGACACUCUCAGGCUGUGCCCACGUGACAGAUGAGCCUCUCAUCCAGAUCAUGAGACAUUGCCCAGAUCUUCAAAGUCUACAGCUGGAGAACUGCUCUGGGGUAACUGAUAGACUGCUGGCCAUGGUUCCCUUGCGCUGCAGAAGACUUCAUACUCUUCAUGUAAACUUCUGCAGAAAUAUCACAAAGAAAGGGCUCUCGCUAGUGCAACAAGGAUGUCCAGGGCUAACUCUACAGGCAGAUCGCAGCGCAGACAUGUUCACUGACAGGUUACCUAGUGAAAGUAUUCCUAUAAAGAGGACACCAAGAAGACUUGUACUAAAUGUGGACUGGAUAGAAGCAUAG